UCCUGUACCCCCAGCGCGGACCCAAAGGGGCUCGGACCGGGAAUGGCGGCGGCGGCCGAGCCCGGGGCCCGCGCCUGGCUGGGCGGCGGCUCCUCGCGCCCUGGCAGCCCGGCCUGCAGCCCCGUGCUGGGCGCGGGAGGCCGCGCGCGCCCGGGGCCGGGGCCGGGACCGGGACCGGGGCCGGAGCGGGCGGGCGCCAGAGCCCCGGGCCCCGCUGCCGCGCCGGGACACAGCUUCCGGAAGGUGACGCUCACCAAGCCCACCUUCUGCCACCUCUGCUCCGACUUCAUCUGGGGGCUGGCCGGCUUCCUGUGCGACGUCUGCAAUUUCAUGUCUCAUGAGAAGUGCCUGAAGCAUGUGAGGACCCCGUGCACGAGUAUGGCGCCCAGCCUGGUCCGGGUUCCUGUGGCCCACUGCUUCGGCCCCCCGGGACUCCACAAGCGCAAGUUCUGUGCUGUCUGCCGCAAGGUCCUGGAGGCGCCCGCGCUCCACUGCGAAGUGUGUGAGCUGCACCUCCACCCAGACUGUGUGCCCUUCGCCUGCAGUGACUGCCGCCAGUGCCACCAGGAUGGGCACCAGGACCACGACACCCAUCACCACCACUGGCGGGAGGGGAACCUGCCCUCGGGAGCCCGCUGCGAGGUCUGCAGGAAGACGUGCGGCUCCUCUGACGUGCUGGCCGGCGUGCGCUGCGAGUGGUGCGGGGUCCAGGCGCACUCCGUCUGCUCCGCGGCGCUGGCUCCCGAGUGUGGCUUCGGGCGUCUGCGCUCCCUGGUCCUGCCCCCCGCGUGCGUGCGCCUUCUGCCCGACAGCUUCAGCAAGACGCAGAGCUUCCGCAUCGUGGAGGCCGCGGAGCCGGGCGAGGGGGGCGACGGCGCCGACGGGAGCGCUGCGGUGGGUCCAGGCAGAGAGACACAGGCAACUGCGGAGUCCGGGAAGCAAACGUUGAAGAUCUUUGAUGGCGACGACGCGGUGAGGAGAAGCCAGUUCCGCCUAAUCACUGUGUCCCGCCUGGCCGGUCCCGAGGAGGUGCUGGAGGCCGCACUGCGGGCCCACCACAUCCCCGAGGACCCUGGCCACCUGGAGCUGUGCCGGCUGCCCCCUUCCUCUCAGGCCUGUGGCACCUGGGCUGGGGGCAAGACCGGGAGUGCUGUGAUCUCGGAGGAGGGCAGAAGCCCUGGGUCUGGCGAAGCCACGCCAGAGGCCUGGGUCAUCCGGGCUCUGCCGCGGGCCCAGGAGGUCCUGAAGAUCUACCCUGGCUGGCUCAAGGUGGGCAUGGCCUACGUGUCCGUGCGAGUGACCCCGAAGAGCACGGCCCGCUCUGUGGUGCUGGAGGUCCUGCCGCUGCUUGGCCGCCAGGUGUGUACCCUGCGCCUGCUCCCCAUCCUGGCCAGACUUGGUGGGGGGGUCACUGUCCCCAGGAGGCCAGGCCACCAUCCUAGCCCAGGCGUGGCUGUCCCCAUGGGUGUCCUGAGGUGGUGGGGGCCUGCCCAGACCCGAUGCCAAGCUCUACCCCAACAGGCCGAGGGUCCUGAGAGCUUCCAGCUGGUGGAGGUGGCGAUGGGCUGCAGGCACGUCCAGCGGACGGUGCUGAUGGACGAACAGCCCCUGCUGGACCGGCUACAGGACAUCCGGCAGAUGUCCGUGCGGCAGGUGAGCCAGACGCGGUUCUACGUGGCGGAGAGCAGGGAUGUAGCCCCACACGUCUCCCUGUUUGUUGGCGGCCUGCCUCCCAGCCUGUCCCCCGAGGAGUACAGCAGCCUGCUGCAUGAGGCCGUGGCUACCGAAGCCACCGUGGUGUCCGUGAGUCACGUCUACUCCCAAGGCGCGGUAGUGCUGGACGUCGCCUGCUUCGCGGAGGCCGAGCGGCUGUACGUGCUGCUGAAGGACAUGGCUGUGCAGGGCCGGCUGCUCACUGCCCUGGUGCUCCCCGACCUGCUGCACGCGAAGCUGCCCCCAGACAGCUGUCCCCUCCUCGUGUUCGUGAACCCCAAGAGUGGAGGCCUCAAGGGCCGAGACCUGCUCUGCAGCUUCCGGAAGCUACUGAACCCUCACCAGGUCUUCGACCUGACCAACGGGGGUCCUCUUCCUGGGCUCCACCUGUUCUCCCAGGUGCCCUGCUUCCGGGUGCUGGUGUGUGGUGGCGAUGGCACCGUGGGCUGGGUGCUCGGCGCCCUGGAGGAGACACGGUACCGACUGGCCUGCCCGGAGCCUUCUGUGGCCAUCCUGCCCCUGGGCACAGGGAAUGACCUUGGUCGAGUCCUCCGCUGGGGGGCGGGCUACAGCGGCGAGGACCCGUUCUCCGUACUGCUGUCCGUGGACGAGGCCGACGCCGUGCUCAUGGACCGCUGGACCAUCCUGCUGGAUGCCCACGAGGCUGGCAGUGCAGAGAACGGCACGGCAGACGCAGAGCCCCCCAAGAUCGUGCAGAUGAGUAACUACUGCGGCAUUGGCAUCGAUGCCGAGCUGAGCCUGGACUUCCACCAGGCACGGGAAGAGGAGCCUGGCAAGUUCACAAGCAGGCUGCACAACAAGGGCGUGUACGUACGGGUGGGGCUGCAGAAGAUCAGUCACUCUCGGAGCCUGCACAAGCAGAUCCGGCUGCAGGUGGAGCGGCAGGAGGUGGAGCUGCCCAGUAUCGAAGGCCUCAUCUUCAUCAACAUCCCCAGCUGGGGCUCGGGGGCUGACCUGUGGGGCUCCGACAGCGACGCCAGGUUUGAGAAGCCGCGCAUGGACGACGGGCUGCUGGAGGUGGUGGGCGUGACGGGCGUCGUGCACAUGGGCCAGGUCCAGGGUGGGCUGCGCUCCGGAAUCCGGAUUGCCCAGGGUUCCUACUUCCGAGUCACGCUCCUCAAGCCCACCCCGGUGCAGGUGGAUGGGGAGCCCUGGGUCCAGGCCCCAGGGCACAUGAUCAUCUCAGCUGCUGGCCCUAAGGUACGUGGGGUGAAGCUGGAGAGUCAGGGGAGGUGGGCCGGGCUGGGCCGGCCAUGGGAGUGGCCGGUGGUACCCAGGUGGUGCUGGCAUGGCCAGCUGCGGCCAGGGUCUUCCUUGAGUCUGGGAGGGUGCCUGCCUCAGGAGGGCUGUGCCAGCGGUCAGGCAGGCCAAAGGUGGCACAGGGAGCAGCCAGACAGGUCCCUCCCCUUCCGUGAAAUGGGGCUGAGAUGGCCUCAGCUGCCCGGGGCCCCAGGACUGGGGGCUGCCCGUGUACCGUUCUUCCAUCGGCCAUGUCACCCUGGUCCUCUGCCCCCUGCCCUGGGACAGGUCCACAUGCUGAGGAAGGCCAAGCAGAAGCCGAGGAGGGCCGGGACCACCAGGGAUGCCCGGGCGGACGCUGCGCCUGCCCUUGAGGGCGAUCCUAGGUAGGGGUGGCUGGGGCAGCCCAGGGGCUCGAGCCGUCUCUGCCCCCGCCAGCCUUGUUUUCAGGUGGUCUGGAGGCAGCUCCAUGUCCACACAGUGGCCGGCCCUGUGGUUGGACCUGGCUACGGCCCUGACCGCAUCUUCCCGGGGAUGCAGCUGGACCAGCCCUCAUCCCAUUGGUGACGCACGUUGGUGUCACAGCCCUCAUCCCACUGGGGACUGCUGUGCAGGCAGCAGUGUUUCCCCGUGUCCCGGGUGGGCGCAGGGCUCUGGAUGGUGAGCCCUCUGCCCCGUGGGGGCCUGGUCCUCUCCUCAGGGGUGGGCACCCAUCCCUCCAUCUCUCUCCCCACUGAGCCCCUUGAGCUGGACAGUGCUGGACGCAGGCCGUCCCCCUGGCCGGUCCUUCAGAGCAGCAGGCUCCCUGGUGUGUCCCUGCCCCAGCAGACACAGGCUGCCAGCCCCUCCAGCCUCACCUCCCCGCCCUGGGCAGCAGGUGUGGGCAGUCCCUGGUGGGCAGCGUGUCAGGCUGCCGGGUGGUGGUGACUGGUGACUUCCUUGUGUUCGGGGAAGAGAGAAGGUGCCUUCCCUUGUUUUCUGGCCUUGUGAUAUACAGAUGGCAGCUUGGACCCCAGGUACAGCUCCAGGGGCAGGCAGUGCCCAGCUGGGCCUGAUGGCCCUUUCCUAGUGCCUCUGUUGGGGGAGGAGAGCCUCUGUCCAUGUGGAGGCUAGGAGGUCUCAGGUGCUGCCCUGGCAGCACCAGAGUGUGGGCCGGGCCCAAGUGUCUGCCCCUCGGCCCUCAGGGUGGGGCAUUUAGCACCCAGAAGGGACCAAAAGCAGGGCAUGGCUGUGCAGAGGAGUUUGUGGAGGUGUAAACAGUCCCAUGCAUGUGGAGGAGCAGGCUUUCAGCCCCAGACCCCACGCUAGCACUUUCCACGCUGCUUGCCCGCCGUUGACGUGCAGUUCCCAGUGCCUGUGUGAGCCGACAUCUGCUCAGUCCUAUCCCUCGCCAGCGUGUGGAGACCCAGCUUCUGCAGCGCCCCUGCUCCCACGCCCCCAGAUAGCUCGGUGGAGGGUCCUGCAUCUGGGCCAGGCUGGGGUGCACCCAGCCAAAGACAAAGCUGCCUCCAUGUGCCCAAGGAUUAGAUGGCGCACUGGCCCCGGGAGGAGUCUGACCAAAAAUGGAGCCAGCUCUGUGGGAAGCCCUGACUCCCCCCACGAGAAACGGCCCACGGUGCGGAUCUCCCCGUUCCCUUGUGGGGCACAGCUGACCUGGGCCUCCGAUUCUGUGGAGCUUUCCUGGGCGUGGCUUUGACCUCAGAAGUGGCUGUGGUUUGACCUCAGGAGUGUGUGGCCUGGCCCAGCCUGCUGCAGCCUCCUGGGGGGCCCUUGGUGCCACUAAUCCCCCGACCCCCUGCUUCUGCCAAAACUGCACAGACACAUGCAUUGUAAGGCCACUUGCGGCCUCCAGCGUGCACUCUUGUUUACGUCAUUGUCAUCUUCAAGACUUGUCCUUUGUGAUUAGUUUUGCUUCGCGAGCCCUGGUGUGGACUGUGGUCUGUAUGAAUCGUGUGUAACUGUGGUGAGGGGCUUGUCCUGUAUGUGAGUCUGUACCCAGGUGGGGUCUGUGCCCUGCACACCAGGCCCCUCUGUAUUUAUCGCUGCCUGAAUGCAACAGUAAUUUAUAUCUAGGACAAAUACAGUCUGGGCGUCACUAUCCUA